GAAACAUCGACAAGGGACAAACUUAGGAUCGUACAUAAGGGGACAGAGUCAACCCGUUUGACAAAGACAAAUAUUUGAACUCGUUCGAAUGACGUCAUUGCGAAUUUGACCGGCUAUCGACCUGCCGCUAUCGAUCUGACGCAAUCGAUUGUGGCUCGCAGUGACGAUGGUCAACAGCGAUUACGAACGGCGUCUUCUCAACCGGCGCGCUUGAAGAUUCAUCGCCGAUAUUUCGGCAACAAUUGAUUCGAGAGCGUUACUCGUGAUUGACGAGACGAGAUGAACGCACCCCCGACCUUCGAGUCGUUCCUGUUGUACGAGGGAGAGAAAAAGAUAAUAAAGGAGCAGGACACCAAAGUGCCAAAUGCCGCGAUUUUCACGAUCAACAAGGAGGAUCACACGCUGGGAAACAUGAUCCGCAAUCAGUUGCUGAAGGACCCUCAGGUGUUGUUCGCCGGCUACAAAGUUCCCCAUCCUCUGGAACACAAGUUUGCCAUUAGGAUACAGACAACCUCCGAUUAUACUCCGCACGAAGCGUUUAUGCACGCCAUCACCGAUCUGAUCGCCGAACUGUCGUUGUUCGAGGAACGUUUUAAGGAGGCAAUUAAGGAGAAAAAAGAAGGCUUGGAUUGAACGGAGACAUUUGUGCGUUUCAUAAUUCACUAUAUUCUCUUAUAUUUAGAAUUUGAUUUAGUCUAUUAAAGUAUUUAUAUUGAAUAUCACAGACAUGCCAGGCACAGUCGUGUAAGUAAUUAUGUUAUGAAAUACUUGAUCGAAUCAAAUCAGAACAUUUACAGACCGUGUGAAUAAUUAGCUCAUGCAUACUUGAUUAUUCUGUAUACUUUGCAUUUGACCAGAUUCCUAUCUUGUAAAUAUUUGAAAUACUAAUAUAACUGCGAAAGAAUUUGUGCGUUCAUCAAGUUGCAUUCUAUACCUUCUAUUAAUUAAAUUCGUAUCCAUAUGUACAUAUAUUCGAUAGACGGGCGACCUUGAAGUUGGUUUUAUUGAGAAAAAUAUUUACAUUUUAUUAGUAAGAAAAACCAAUGGAACAGCUUGUCGCAAGGCGCGCACAGUGCAGUGUAUGAAUAUAUGUAUAAAUGUGCAUAUAAAUACAAACACAAACUGGAUGAGAAAAUUUUCAAUUAAAAUAAAGUAAAUAUUGCAGAUUAAA